UUUUGGGUUUCGAAAAUGUUUAUAUAUUUGGCCCUUUUCUUUUCCAUUUCCCCCUUUUCUCUCUCUCUUUCAUCAAAAUCACCUGACGAAGAUCAGUAGCUCGCACCUCUUCUUCUCCGAUAAUAGGUAUUUACUCAUUGGAAAGGCUUCCAAUAAUUUCUCCCAUAACCUUUCCGAAGAAAAGGAUAAGGGAAGCUGCUGUACAACCAGGAAAAAAAUUCUGCAUGACAUCUUGACAUUUCUGCAAUGUCAGGAUUACCCAAUUCUUCUCUAAAGGGAUCAGCUUCAAAUCCUUCUGACAACACUGGUCGCUCAUUUCCUUCUUCUUUCCCUCCUCAAUCUGGUGCAGCUUCCCCUCUUUAUCAUCACUCUGGAAGUAUUCAGGGGCUGCAUAACAUUCAUGGGAGUUUCAACAUUCCUAACAUGCACGGGGCACUUGGUUCAAGAAGCACAGCAAUAAAUACCGUCCCUUCCAGUGGUGUCCAGCAAUCUGGAAAUAACCUUUCUGGUGGUCGUUUUUCAUCAAACAAUCUUCCGGCUGCCCUUUCUCAGAUAUCUCAAGGCAAUUCUCACGUUCAUUCUGGAAUGACAAGUAGAGGUGGUAUGAGUGUUGUUGGUAAUGCGGGAUAUAGCAAUAAUGCUAGUGGUGUAGGAGGUUCUAUUCCUGGGCUUCUCCCAACUUCUGCAGGAAUUGGUAAUCGAAGUUCUGUGCCAGGUCUUGGGGUAUCCCAAAUUUUAGGAAAUGCAGGCCCAAGGAUGACCAACUCAGUGGGAAAUAUUGUUGGUGGGGGCAACAUUGGCAGAAGCAUUAGCUCUGGUGCAGGAUUGUCUGUGACUAAUCUUGCUUCACGGUUAAAUAUGAACGCCAAUGCCGGCUCUGGAAAUUUAAAUGUUCAAGGACCUAAUAGGAUAAUGAAUGGUGUUCUUCAGCAAGCCUCUCCGCAGGUACUUUCUAUGUUAGCAAAUUCCUAUUCUGCUGGUGGUCCACUAUCUCAAAACCAUGUCCAAGCAAUGGGAAGCCUUAAUUCUUUGGGAUUGUUGAAUGAUGUAAAUUCAAAUGAUGGAUCUCCUUUUGAUAUCAAUGAUUUCCCUCAGUUAAGCAGUCGACCUAGUUCGGCUGGAGGACCUCAAGGACAAAUGGGUUCUUUGCGGAAACAAGGGCCCAGUCCUAUUGUUCAGCAAAACCAGGAAUUCAGCAUUCAAAAUGAAGAUUUUCCUGCUUUACCAGGAUUUAAAGGUGGGAAUGCUGAUUAUGCAAUGGAUCCUCACCAGAAAGAGCAGCUUCAUGAUAAUGCUCUUUCUAUGAUGCAACAGCAACACUUUUCAAUGGGAAGAUCCACAGGUUUUAAUUUGGGUGGAACAUAUUCAUCACAUCGUCCACAGCCGCAGCUGCAACAUGCUCCAUCUGUUAGUAGUAGUGGUGUCCCUUUUUCAAAUAUGAACAACCAGGAUCUGCUGAAUUUACAUGGUCCAGAUGUCUUCCAAUCAUCGCAGUCCAGUUAUCAUCAACAGAGUGGUGGACCUCCUGGUAUAGGAUUACGGCCUCUUAAUUCGUCAAGUAAUGUUUCUGGUAUUGGAUCAUAUGAUCAGCUCAUUCAGGCUCAGCAGUACCAACAGCAUCAGGGUCCAUCCCAAUUCAGGUUGCAGCAGAUGUCCUCUUUAAGUCAGCCAUACAGCUUAAAGUCCAUGCAAUCCCAAGUUGCUCCUGACCCAUUUGGUAUACUUGGUUUGCUAAGUGUAAUACAGAUGAACGAUCCAGAUUUGACUUCUCUUGCGCUUGGAAUUGAUCUAACAACACUUGGUUUGAAUUUGAACUCUGCUGAGAAUUUGUACAAGACUUUUGGUUCCCCAUGGUCUGAUGAGCCUGCCAAAGGGGAUCCAGAAUUUACUGCACCCCAAUGUUAUUAUGCGAAGCAACCCCCACCUUUAAAUCAAGCAUACUUCUCAAAGUUUCAGCUGGAUACUUUGUUUUACAUAUUUUACAGCAUGCCAAAAGAUGAAGCGCAACUGUAUGCUGCAAAUGAACUGUAUGUUUUCUGUUUCUUAACAGCAUUGGUUGUUCUUAGGUAUAACCGCGGCUGGUUUUACCACAGAGAACAUCGGUUGUGGUUUAUGAGGGUUGCCAACAUGGAGCCUCUUGUCAAGACGAAUGCAUAUGAGAGAGGGUCUUACAUUUGUUUUGAUCCAAACACAUGGGAGACAAUCCGUAAGGAUAAUUUUGUCCUCCACUACGAAAUGUUGGAAAAAAGACCUGUUUUACCUCAACAUUAAUAUGGAGCGCCAGUUCAUAACUGUACAUUUUCAAUAUAUUCCUUAAUCUAGGAGCCAGGUAGAUCACCUGUAGUUUCCGCUCAAUUGGGCUGUUGGCAGCAAUUGUUAAAAUUAGAGUUGUCUUAGUCAUUUAGUUCCUUGUAUCUUUUAGACGUUGCAAGUCGGAAAGAAAUGUAUUUCUGAGAAUUCAUUGGUGGAAAUGCCAUCUUUAAGGCACUGUUGAUAGAAUAGUAGUUGCUGAAAAGACAUUGUGGAAGCUGGCUUGUUCUUCAACCACCAACAUUGUGGUACCAAGAGAACAAGAAAAUUAGAAGCACAAUCAAAAUAAAAAGGAA